AUGGGCCGUUACUCGACUGAUUCAAGCAGCGAAAGGACCAGCAAAAGGAAACGGAGAAGCAGAUCUCCGAGUAGCAGCAGUACUAGCUCUCUGAGUAGCAGCAGUACUAGCUCUCUGAGUAGCAGCAGUACUUGCUCUCCGAGUAGCAGCAGUACUUGCUCUCCGAGUAGCAGCAGUACUAGCUCUCCGAGUAGCAGCAGUACUAGCUCUCCGAGUAGCAGCAGUACUAGUUCUCCGAGUAGCAGCAGUACUAGUUCUCCGAGUAGCAGCAGUACUAGCUCUCCGAGUAGCAGCAGUACUAGCUCUCCGAGUAGCAGCAGUACUUGCUCUCCGAGUAGCAGCAGUACUAGCUCUCCGAGUAGCAGCAGUACUUGCUCUCCGAGUCGCAGCAGUACUAGCUCUCCGAGUAGCAGCAGUAUUUGUUCCCGAAGUCGUCAUCGUCACCAUAAAAAGUCACGGACACACAGAAGACGUUCCUGUAGUCGUUCUCGUUCUGCGUACAGAAAGCGCAGUUCCAGCCCCGAUUCAGAUCAUAGUGAAAAUUACUCAAAAUCAAGUCGAGAUCGAGAGUACCACAGGAUUCGUCGCAGACUUACGAGAGAUCCGAGCACAGAAAGCGCAGUUCCAACCCCGAUUCAGAUGAUCGUGAAAAUUACUCAAAAUCAAGGUCAGCGAGAAGCAGCAGUAGAGACUCCACAAAGGAAGAGACAAAGAAAGCAAGCAAACCUUCAGAUCUUCAGGAUCCAGAUCUGCGGCGAUAAACAAGCUGAUAGUAAAGAUAGAGAUAGAUCCAACUUUGAGAAACUGGCUAAAUUGGCUGCAAAAGAAUUGGCUAGGAAAUUUAUGCCUGCUAGUGAGGAUAAUCUUUCAACUCCUCACCUGUGA